AUGCAGGAAGUCAAGCCAAGCCGUCCCGACAGCCCGUCCGCACACGAGGUUCCUAUCGAAGCCCAGCACCGAUAUCAGCGGCAGCAGAUAGUACAGAUGGCGAUUACGGCGGCGGUGCGGUCCGUGAAAGCGCAGCAGUUAUCAGACGAAGAGUUUUUAGCGCAAGAGGCACGGGAGUAG